AUGAGUGCCGAGGGAAGCCGUGGGUUGGUACGCGCCCUGUUGGCCUCCGAGACGGCCUCAGUGCCCUUCAGGAGCACUCUGGAGGAGGCUGCCCAGGCAUCGUUGUGUGGCGCACCCUCCCCUAGUCCGAACUACCACCACAAACGCGCACACUACGGCCGCGCUCAUCUCCAGGCCAUCCCGGAGGACCCCCCUCUGCCCGCCCUCCUUCGAUCACAGUUUUGCAGCUUGACUGAGGGGGACCUUCGCGGGAUUGAGGAUGCCAUGCGACAGCGCGUGAAGGCGGACGAUCGCAAUGAUGAGAUUGCACGACGCGUGGCGGCCGCGCGUGCAGGGCGGCGCGAGGGGGUCGAUCGGGCUGCCGCUCGUCGGUGGCUUCAGGCUGAAAGACAGGCUGCUGCGGCUGGUCUGGUCUGCGAGCGAGCAAUUAUGGCGGAAUAUAGGAAAUUGUGCCGAUGGUGA